GACCCCGCGGCCGCGGGCGGGCGGGCCCUGCUCUCGGCCGGCGGACCCCGGAAGCAGGAGUCUCCAAAAAUCCAUCUCAGCUAUUUGGUGAGAGGAGCCAAGGAUGCUGCCCACACCUGGCAUCUAUUACUUCCCCUGGGAGGUCAGCGCCGGCCAUGUUCCCGAGGGAGCCUCUCUGCGAACAUUUGGCCGGCUGAGCGUCUAUGACACGGCCCAGUCCCACGUGACCCUGCUGGCUCAGCACGGACCUGAACAGCACCUCGUCCACAUCUGUACCAAGUUGGUGGAGCCAUUCCGAGCCCAGGUGGGCUCCCUGUACCUUGUCCUGGGGGAGCUGGAACACCAGAAGGGUGGAGAGCCCCUGGUGAAGGCGCGGGUGCUGACGUGUGUGGAAGGAAUGAACCUGCCUCUGUUAGAACAAGCCAUCCAGGCGCAGAGGCUGCACCAGCGAGCCAGGGCCAGCGGCCAGCGGGAUGAGGCAGUGCCUGAGCUCAAGUCCACUGGCCACGUGGGCGCUGUGGAGACCCAGGCCCCCCUGAAUGACAGCCUGUCUGAAGCUGGAGAGUAGCGGUUGCUUAUUUGGGACUGUCUCAGCCUGACAAUCUCCACCUUCCUCGGCCCUUGCCAGGAGGCCUAAAGAGACUGAGCCCCCGGGGUGCUGGGGGCUGUGCCUUGGGGAGGCCAUGGAGUGUUCCAGAAGGUGCUGGUGAAUAAAGGCCCCAGGGGGAAGUGUGUGCAGGUGGUGCAGCGCCGGCAGGGGCCAGG